AUGCCUGACGCAGCUUACGCAGUGCCUACCCAGAACAUCACAGAGAACGGGUUCAAGGGAUUUCUCCCUUCGACAUGGUCUGAAGACAGCCUGGAAGUAUUCCCCGAUGAGAUCCUCGGCAAGUACGACGUCGAGAUCGAGUGGAACGGCACCAGAACACUGACGAUCGAGAAGGACAAUCUCCGUUGGAACGGGGCGCGUCUUACCCCGACUGCGGUCUGGUGCCAACGGUCGCAUGGAAUAUCGAACUUUGCGACGCGGUUUACCGCAUUCUGCCCCGAACAGAGGACGGUCUGGGUCAAACGCGGGACCCAACGCGGCGUCGUGGAGUCCUUGGACAUCUCCUUCGAGCUCAACGACGCCGGAAACGCGACCGGACUCGUCGGAACGUUUCGCAGGCAGGGCGAGGGCACGCUCGGGGUCCGGGGCGCCAAGGCGUUCGACGCCAACCAGCUCCCGACGCUCGUGCGAACCAAGUCGAACGACCCCGAGUCCCAGUGCCCGGUGUGCUACUCCGAGUGGGACGAUCCGGGCGUCACGCAGGUGGUGGUGACCACGUGCGAGCACUGCUUCUGCCUCGAGUGCGUCGUCGGCGUGUGCUCGCUGACGCCCCCCGCGGAGAGCGGAUCGUGCCCGAUAUGCCGCCGUCCGAUGGUGCUGCACGACCUGAGGACGGUGCGACGGGAACGGGGGGGUACGCCCGAGAACCCCGCGGGUAAACCCCCGCCGGGAUGCUUGCCGUGCGCGUGACGCGUCCCCCCCCCAACUUCAAACCUGGAACCCCAGCCGCGGGCUGAAACGUACGACGAGCCCAAAACCUCCGCCGCGGGUUCCGCAAACGAACGGCUAAAGUUAACGUUAAGAUCGAGCGCCGGCUAAUAUGACAUGAUAGGAUCAGCUAGCUAGUGCCCCACCCGUUUCAUCUGCUCCAAUAUCGCCUCC